GGUUUUAUUGUGUUUUAACAACUACAGUUGAGCUAGUCUGCAAAUAUGUGGCCGCUAAGUGUUUUUUUACUCUUUUAUAUAAGCUCUACUUAUUGUCAACUUCCGAAUUCGAAUGUUAGUACUAGCAGAAUUUUACCGAAACCAACAGAGCCCACCAUUGUUGACUACCGAAAGAAACCUCCUAGAAAUGAGUGGCCUGUAACUUAUGAUAGGAGAAAGCAAAAGAAAUAUAUUCUUGGAGAAUGGUUGCUCACUGGAUCUUGGGGAGAUGUGAAUAAAACGUUCACUCGAGGGCAUUAUGAAUAUGAGGGCUAUGACGGAUUUUAUAAUAAUCUUGCAAGGCCAGAUUCUGGAGCAAUUGAUAAACCACUUUUGCGUCGCUGGCCAGCAGACUAUGAAGAUGGUACUUACCUACCUUCAGGAAGAAACCGUCCAAAUCCAUUGGAACUUAGUGAAAAACUUCUGAAGGGAGACAUUGGAACCCACUCAAGGACUGGCAAGAAUGCUCUUCUCGUUUUCUUCGGUCAGCAAGUGGUUGAAGAAAUCCUUGAUGCCCAGAGGCCAGCAUGUCCACCCGAGUACUUCAAUAUAAAUAUUCCAAAAUGGCAUAGUUACACCAAAGUUCCUGGACAUACCGAAUUACCUCUUUUAAGAACCCGUUAUGAUCAAAGGACAGGACUAAAUCCCAAUAACCCAAGACAGCAGCUGAAUGAAAUUACACCUUACAUAGAUGGUGGUCUAUUUUAUGGUAUAACAAAACAGUGGUCAGAUUCGCUGAGAAUGGAUGAGAACGGAAAUAUUCAUCCCAAUGGAAGCUUAGCCUCUUCCCACGAUGGUCUUUUUCCCGCCUACAAUACACAAAGAUUACCCAUGGCCAAUCCUCCUCCACCAUUUCAUCAUAAGUUGUUCAUUACCCAACAUGAAACUGCAGAAGUUUCUCGAUUCUUCAAGCUUGGAAAUCCGAGAGGAAACGAAAACGCAUUCUUGCUCACCUUUGGCAUUAUGUGGUUCCGUUGGCAUAACUACAUUGCGGAGACUAUAAAAAAACUGCAACCUGACUGGUCUAGCGAAGAAAUCUUCAACGAAGCCAGGAAGUGGGUCAUUGCUACACAGCAACACAUAAUCGUUGAUGAGUGGUUGCCAGCACUUCUGAAUAAAAAAUUGCCCCGUUAUAAGGAAUAUGAUCCAAGUAUCAACCCGCAGAUAGACCAGUUCUUUCAGGCUGCAGCAUUCAGAUUUGGACACACUCUUGUUACGCCUGGUGUUUAUCUGAGAGAUUAUAUUAGGAAGGGAUGUAAACACAGAUUUAAUACGUGGAAGAAUGCGGCAGUUAGGACUUGUAAUAUUUUUUGGAGGCCACAGGACCCCAUUUUGACCCCUGAAGCUGAGAAUUCAAAAGAUUUCGUAGAUAUUGAUAGGCUACUCAUGGGUAUGUCUGUUCAGCUUUGUGAAGAAGAGGAUCAUAAAAUAAUUGAGGACCUUCGUGGUAAUGUUUUUGGCCCUCUUGAAUUCCCAAGACGAGAUCUUAUGGCUAUCAAUAUUCAGCGAGGCAGAGAUCAUGGCUUACCAGGAUUUAAUGCAGCUAGAAAAGCUUUUGGACUAGCACCAGUUAAUUUUAGCCAUUUUCAACAUUUACCGAGUACUAUCCAAAAGGAAUUAACUACCUUGUACAACAGCCCUGAUGAUGUUGAUGUAUGGGUUGGGGGGAUUUUGGAAACUAGAGAUGGACCAGGUGAAUUGUUUGAAACAAUAAUUUUGGAUCAAUUCAGGAGAAUAAGAGAUGGGGAUCGAUUCUGGUUUGAGAAUAAGGAAAAUGGAAUGUUUUCUCAAGAAGACAUUGCUCGUAUAAGAGAGUUAAAGGUUUAUGACAUCAUUAUGGCAGUCACUAAGAUGGAUGCAGAAGAUGUACCAGAGUUUCCUUUCAAUGUACCACACAGAAAUAUGAACAUGGACGAAAAUUCACCCCUCGUUAAGAACUGCUCACUGGAAUGGAAACCUUGCCGAUUACAAAAUCAAACACCGUUUGAUUGCUGGCAUUUGCCUUUCUUAAAUCAAACAUCUUUAGGGGAGACAUGUAAACAAGGAUAUUCAUAUGACUAUUUCUGGAAGAGUGAGGCACCUUAUAUUGGCACGUUUACUGCCUUAGGAGUUUUUGUAAUAGGCUGUUUUUCAUUCAUAUUCUUUCUUGUGCAACAAAAAAAUCGAAUGAUGAUUCGCAAUGCUCAGAUGCGUACAAACGCCACAAUGAAAUCUGUACAUCGAAGUACUGGAGACAUGAAUUCAAUGAUUUUUGGAGCACAAGAAUGGAUCAGCAAAAAACAACCAGUCAAGAAUAUUGCUGUUGUCUUUGAUACAGUUAAUAAACAGAUUAAAAUCACUUGCCAGCAAGGAAAUCUGAUGAGAGCUAUCGACUUAGGUUUUGCCAAUGUCUUCAAGAUUUAUGUUGUUACUGAUAUGCCAUAUCUCGUCAUCAAUAGCCGUCAUAGUUAUGAUUUGGUACUCCAUUUUCCCACAGACAAAGAGAGGAAUGAAUUCAGACAAGCACUCAAGGAAUUCAUCGAUACAUUUCAACUAGAAUAUGAGGAGAUAUCAGUAUUCAAAUGGAAAGAUGCAUUGAACAUAAUUACUACGAAGAAAGAUAGACAAAAAAAGUUGGAAAUGUUUUAUCGUGUCGUAUUUGCUCAGGCUUUCAAAAUCAAUCAUUCCAAAACAGAAAUACUAGCUGUUAGCUCUAACGAUAAGGACAUCAUUAACACGGAAAUAACUGUGUUAGAAUUCGCCGAAUCUCUAAACAUGAAGCCUGACAACGAGUUUGUUAAACGAAUGUUCUACCUUGCUGAUAAGGACAGGAACGGAUUCAUAUCCUUCAGGGAAUUUGUUGGUCUUUUGAUCAUUUUCGCAGAAGGGAACGAAGAACAGAAGGCUCAAUUGUUAUUCAAGAUGUAUGACAUAGAUGAUACCGGUGUCUUGAAGGCUGAAGAUUUUGAGAGUAUGAUCAGAUGUUUCUUAGAAACAGUUGGCGGAAAUAUUCCCGAGAACAAACUCAAACAGACCAUACAUGGAAUGCUUUCCAGAGCACACUGUGAGAAUAAGAGCGAAUUGGAGUUUCAAGAUUUCCUUAAAAUUCUGGGUAGAGAUAUUGUAAAUUUGAAUAAGGCAAAAUUGGGUUUUAAAGGUUUCGAAGAUGAUGGUUCUUACCUUACUACGGCUCGAAAUACCAUAGAAAACAUAUAUGGAACUGUUGAUAUAAAUUCAAGAUUCAAAGGGGAAGCUAGUGAACAAUCGGAAGAUACUUACAUGUCUAACAUAAUUGAUCAAGAACAAAAGAAAAUCCUGGACAAUAAGGAGUACGCCAAAGACCAGACUGAUAAAAUGUUUUCAAGCAAGUUUCUGAAAUACGUUGAGUUGAAAUCAAAAGACAUAUUUUGGCUAUCUCUCUAUACCCUCAUUUUAUGGAUUAUCUUCCUAGAAAGAGCUUACUAUUAUUCUUUUGAAAGAGAACAUUCUGGACUGAGAAGAAUAGCUGGAUAUGGAGUGACCAUAACCAGAGGUGCAGCUUCAGCUCAGAUGUUCACAUAUUCAUCUCUCCUCGUCACCAUGUGCAGAAAUACAAUAACGAUACUGAGAGACACAGUGGCCAAUAAAUAUUUUCCAUUCGAUGCAAGUGUUGAAAUACAUAAAUACAUCGCUUGGUGGGCAUUUUUCUUUACAGUUUUGCAUAUUGUUGGUCAUGCAUUCAAUUUCUACCAUAUAUCGACUCAAACAGCUGAUGAUUUGACUUGUUUGUUCAGAAAUUAUUUCCAUGCCACUCAUGAACUGCCGAAAUUUCAAUAUUGGUGUUGGCAAACAAUAACUGGUUUCACUGGAAUAAUGUUGACCUUAAUCUGGAUGAUGAUGUUCAUUUUUGCCUUAUCUUAUGUAAGAUCCAAGAUUUAUAAUUGGUUUUGGUAUACACAUAGUCUUUAUCCACUUUUUUAUAUAUUUAUGAUACUUCAUGGCAUGGGACGGCUUAUACAGGAACCAUUCUUUUAUUACUUUUUCCUGGGACCAGUUAUUCUAUUUACCAUUGAUUCCCUGAUUAGCAUAAGUCGUAAAAAAAUCGAAAUUCCAGUGGUGAAAGCUGAUGUCUUGCCCUCAAGCGUGACUAUGUUGGAAUUUCAGAAACCCGAUAAUUUUCAAUACAAGUCGGGCCAAUGGGUGAGAAUAGCAUGUAUGGCCUUGAAUAAACACGAGUACCAUCCUUUCACCUUAACAUCUAGUCCAAAUGAAGACACACUUAAAUUACAUAUUCGAUCUGUUGGACCGUGGACAACACACAUCAGAACUAUAUAUGAAGAAGCGAAUACAUUAGGAAAUUCAAAGAAAUUACCAAAGAUUUACUUAGACGGUCCAUAUGGAGAAGGCCAUCAGGAUUGGAAUAACUACGAUGUUUCCAUAUUGAUAGGAGGAGGUAUAGGAGUAACUCCUUUUGCAAGUAUUCUAAAAGAUAUAGCCUACAGAUCUGGACAAACCAGAUGUAAAAAGGUAUACUUCAUAUGGGUUUCAAGAACACAAAAGCAGUUUGAAUGGUUGAUAGAUAUAAUCAGGGAAGUCGAAUACAAGGACGUUAAAAAUGUGAUCAGUUGCCACAUAUUCAUCACCCAAUUUUUCGAAAAGUUCGACCUGCGCAUGAUACUCCUUUAUGUUAUGGAAAGGCAUUACCAAAGAGUAGCAAACAGAUCUCUUUUCACGAAUCUCAAGGCUGUAACGCACUUUGGACGGCCAAGUUUUGCGAAAAUCUUCAAAACGGUCCAAACUCUUCAUGAACAUACACCUAGAAUUGGCGUCUUCAGCUGUGGUCCUCCUUCCAUGACUUCAUCUGUGAAUGCAGCUUGUUUUGCAGUAAAUUUCGAGGGUUACCAUAGAUUUGAACAUCAUUACAAGAACUUCUGAUUUAGUGUAGAUAACGUAUUGAGGUCGUACUAUUAUUUUAUCUGCUAUGAACAGAUUUAAAGACACGAAUAGUCAAAAAUUCAUUUAUUUCAAUAUCGCUCAAAAAAUACAAAAUAGUCUAUAACAAUACAAGAGUGUAUAUCACCAGAGUACGCAUUUGAAUGAGGGGUUCAUUGAACUAUCAGGGGGGCAUUUAUACUCUCGGGCAAAAUCUAUGGAGUUGCUCAGUGUUCCUAGUACUCUGUAAAGCAGAUACGCAAUAAAAUCUUUUAUUUA